AUGGCAAGAAACUACAACACACUCUCUCUGUUCAUCAUCAUCAUCUCUCUAUCAAUCUCCAAAUCACACUCCCAAACAAACCUCCCAUCUCCAAAUCUACUAUGCAUUAGUGAUUGCGAAACAUGCCCCGUCAUAUGCUCUCCGCCGCCAUCGCCGCCGUCGUCGCCGUCGUUGCCGCCGCCAAGUCCAAAACUUACACCGCCGAGUCCUAAACUUCCGCCGUUGCUGCCGCUGCCGCCGGAAUCUCCACCGGCGCACCGCUACUCGCCGCCGCCGCAGCCAUACUACUACUUCACUUCUCCGGCGCCGUUGUCGUCGCCGCCGCCGCCUCCUCGUUCGAAGCCGCCUCCGCCGUCGUACACUUCAUUGGGAGGCGGCGCCACCCCUACGCCGCCGCCGCCGCAAGUUUACGCGUACAAUCCGGGCGGCAACACGGCGCCGGGGCGCAACUUCUCUUACCCUUACUAUUAUUUUUACGCUGCUAAUGCUGCUUGUGGAAUUAAUAUUCCAUAUUUUCAUGGGAGUUUUAUUUUUGUGAUCAUCUUUGUAUUUUUCACAAAUUUUGUAUGA